AUGGCCCAAGCACAAUCUGGUCUCCGACCUCUCCAGAAGAUCGGCCUCGUCUUUCACAUACUAUGGGCUUUCCCUACCUUCUUUUCAAUCGUAGCUCUCGGGCUACCACGCGCCAUCCGCCGCGGCAUCCCGCUGAGAUUCUGGUUCUUGGCCGCAACCUACCGCAUCGUCCUGGGCGUCUUCCAGCCACGUGAGAUUCAAUUCCUUGCCACUCCGACCCUGCAAGUCUACUCGGCCUGGCUCGCAAAGCAGAAAGUCAAAGAGUCCAAGAACGCCAACACCGCCGCCCUCGACCGACUACACCACGACGUCGAGCCUCUCGGCACCGGGGCCGAUAUCAAUCAUGUCGCAGCCGCCGGCGACAGCGGAAGCAUCAUGUGGCUUGGCAACCGCAAGAAAGCCUCCAAAUUCGUACUCUUCUUCCACGGCGGGGGGUACGUCGCCCCGCUGGCCCCGGGCCACCUCACCUGGUGCUGGGAAUGCUACGUCAACGGCAAGCCCGGCGAUAGCAACGGAGAUGAGGUCGCCGUCGCGGUCCUGCAAUACACCCUCUGCCCGGGUGCUACGUACCCAACGCAGCUGCAGCAGGCCGUGGCGGCCCUCAAUCACCUCCUGCGAUCCGGCGUCACGCCAGAGAAUCUCAUCAUCGGCGGCGACUCGGCUGGCGGGAAUCUCACAACCCAGGUGCUCUGCCAUCUCCUCCGUCCCCACCCCGACGUCCAGCCUGUUCGGCUAGGUGGCCCCCUUGCCGGCACGUUCUUGGUCUCCCCUCUCCUCACGCUUCGCACCGAUGCCGUCUCCUAUCGAACAAAUCACCGUGUCGAUAUGCUCUCAGCUGCCAUCGUCGCCAAGGCUGGCGACUACCUCUUUGCCGACGACCAUGUAGCGAAGCAAGCCACGAACCCGCACGAACCGCUGGCACUAGAUGGCGACAUGGAGUGGUUCGGGGAGAUUCAUACCAUCGCCAAGUCAGUAUACGUGACGGCCGGCGCGCAGGAGGUGUUCUGCGAUGACUCGCGGGUCUUUGCGGAAGCAGUCAGGAGACGGAAUCCCGGGUUGGACGUCCAGCUGGAGGUAGCGUCCACCGAGGUCCACGAUGGAAUUUUGAUCGAAUCCGAGUGCGAAACGAUCGGGGACGCGUCUCGGAGGAUGAGGAACUGGGCGUCAAAGUGUUUGUUAUGA